AUUCGAAGCUGAUGAAUAGUGAGUACAUAAGAUUAAGUAUUUCAUACAAUUUAUCUGUAUAUAAGAAAAAUUGAAUAGUAUAAUGUUUGCACUGAAGAAACAUAUUCUACUACUAUUUUUCCUGUCGUGUACAUAUAAAAUUAAUGGCAUUGAGGCUCAAUCUCUUCCAGUUGUUCUUUGGCAUGGAAUGGGCGAUAGCUGCUGUUUUUCAUUUAGUUUGGGAGCAAUAAAAAGAUUAAUAGAGGGCGAAAUACCUGACGUUUUUGUAUAUUCCGUUCGAUUAGGAAAUAACGAAGUAGAGGAUGUGGAGCACAGUUACUUUGGUGAUGUCAACGAUCAAAUACAAGAAAUUUGCCAAGAACUGGGUAAAAAUGAACAACUUAGAAAUGGUUACAAUGCCAUUGGAUUUUCACAGGGUGCUCAAUUUUUGAGAGCGAUAAUUCAAAAGUGUCCGAAUCCUCCGAUUAAAAAUUUUAUUUCUUUGGGUGGUCAACAUCAAGGCGUUUUUGGAUUACCAAAUUGCGGAACAAUGAAACGCAACGUCUGCAGUUAUGUGGCUCGCAUAAUCAAAUAUGGAGCUUACACUCGAUUUGUUCAAAAGAAAUUUAUUCAAGCUACAUAUUGGCACGAUCCAUAUCAAGAAGAAGAAUAUAAACAGAAAAGUAUACUUAUGGCUGACAUCAAUAACGAACGUUACAUUAACGAGACGUACAAACAGAAUCUUCAGAAGUUAAAUUCUAUGGUAUUAGUUAAAUUUAUUAAUGAUACCAUUGUUUGGCCCAGAGAAACAGAAUGGUUUGGAUUCUAUAAACCUGGCCAGGAAACAGAAAUUCAAACAUUCGAGGAAACUGAUUUAUAUCGUAAGGAUCUUUUAGGACUAAAAGCGUUACAUGAAGCAGGAAAAAUUCAUUUUCUUUCGCUACCUGGGAAUCAUUUGCAAUUUACAGCAGAUUGGUUUACUGAUGAAAUAGUUAAACCAUAUUUAAUAUAA